CACGCCCGCGCCUCUAGCGUAGCUGGCUAGGCCCCCGGAAGUAGUGUGUCCCAGGGCACUUCAGGGCGGAAGCUGUGUACGGCGGGAGGCGGUGGCACUGCCCGGGAGGAGACGCUGCUGAUGUUGCUAGACGACGCGCACGCGAACUAGUCCUCGUCACUUCCGCAGUCUGCUGUCUGCCCACUCCCCAGGCCGGAACCCAGGACCCCGGAGUAGAGGUGGGCGCAGAGUCGUCCUCCGAGGUGCAGGACAGCAGGUAACCCAGCAGUUGGAAUCGGGGCCACGUCACCUGCGGGGAAGAACUCGAGCCGAAACGGGAAGAUGGCUGCGGACAAGGCUGCAGAUCAGGGAACAGAGAAACAUGAAGGGACAGGUCAGUCCUCUGGGCUCACCGAUCAGGAAAAGGAGUUGUCAAGCAGUGCUUUUCAAGCUUUCUCAGCUGGAAAUUAUGAUACCUGCCUGCAACACCUUACCUGCCUACAAGACAUAAACAAAGAUGACUAUAAAAUAAUUUUGAAUACAGCAGUAGCUGAGUUUUUUAAAAGUAACCAAACAACAACAGAUAAUUUGAGACAAACACUUAUCCAGCUGAAGAAUCAGGUCCACUCAGCUGUUGAAGAAAUGGAUGGAUUAGAUGAUGUUGAAAACAGCAUGUUGUAUUAUAAUCAGGCAGUCAUUCUUUAUCAUCUUCGGCAGUAUACAGAAGCAAUAUCAGUUGGGGAGAAACUUUAUCAGUUCAUAGAACCUUUUGAAGAAAAAUUUGCCCAAGCUGUGUGCUUUCUGCUUGUAGAUCUAUAUAUAUUAACCUAUCAAGCUGAGAAAGCUUUACAUCUCCUUGCUGUCCUAGAAAAAAUGAUUUCACAGGGAAACAAUAAUAAAAAUGGAAAGAAUGAGACUGGUAAUAACACCAACAAAGACGGAUCUAAUCAUAAAGCUGAGAAUGGAGCUCUAAUAGAAGCUGCAAAAUCAAAGAUACAUCAGUAUAAAGUAAGAGCUUAUAUCCAAAUGAAGUCCCUGAAAGCAUGCAAAAGGGAAAUUAAGUCAGUCAUGAACACAACUGGAAAUUCUGCACCUUCUCUGUUUCUUAAAAGUAAUUUUGAGUACUUAAGAGGCAAUUAUCGAAAAGCUGUGAAGCUACUAAAUAGUUCAAACAUUGCUGAACAUCCAGGAUUCAUGAAAACAGGUGAAUGUUUGAGGUGCAUGUUCUGGAAUAAUCUUGGUUGCAUCCAUUUUGCCAUGAGCAAGCACAAUUUGGGGAUUUUCUACUUUAAAAAAGCUCUGCAGGAAAAUGACAAUGUCUGUGCACAGCUCAGUGCAGGCAGCACAGAUCCAAGCAAAAAAUUUUCAGGAAGACCUAUGUGUACAUUACUAACCAACAAGAGGUAUGAGUUACUAUACAACUGUGGAAUUCAACUUCUUCACAUUGGAAGGCCUCUCGCUGCCUUCGAGUGUCUAAUUGAAGCCGUUCAGGUUUAUCACGCAAAUCCUCGCCUCUGGCUACGACUAGCUGAAUGCUGUAUUGCUGCCAAUAAGGGGACUUCUGAACAAGAAACUAAAGGUCUUCCAAGCAAAAAAGGAAUUGUACAGUCUAUUGUUGGUCAAGGCUAUCAUCGUAAAAUAGUUCUGGCAUCACAGUCCAUACAGAAUACUGUAUAUAAUGAUGGCCAGUCGUCAGCCAUUCCUGUAGCCAGUAUGGAGUUUGCAGCCAUUUGUCUCAGAAAUGCCUUGUUGCUAUUACCCGAAGAACAACAAGAUCCGAAGCAGGAAAAUGGGUCUAAAAAUAGUAAUCAAUUAGGUGGGAACACGGAAAGCAGUGAAAGCAGUGAAACUUGCAGCAGUAAAAGCCAUGAUGGAGAUAAGUUUAUUCCAGCUCCACCUUCUUCUCCAUUGAGAAAACAGGAAUUAGAAAACUUAAAGUGCUCGAUACUUGCCUGCAGUGCUUAUGUGGCUCUGGCUUUGGGUGAUAACCUCAUGGCUUUGAAUCAUGCAGAUAAACUUCUUCAGCAGCCGAAGCUGUCAGGAUCUCUUAAGUUUCUGGGCCAUUUAUAUGCUGCAGAAGCCCUCAUCUCUCUGGACAGAAUAUCUGAUGCUAUUACUCACUUGAACCCAGAGAAUGUCACUGAUGUCUCCUUAGGGAUCUCUUCAAAUGAGCAGGACCAAGGAUCAGACAAAGGUGAAAAUGAAGCAAUGGAAUCCUCUGGGAAGCGGGCCCCUCAGUGCUACCCAAGUUCUGUCAGCUCCGCCAGGACUGUGAUGCUGUUCAACCUCGGCAGCGCCUACUGCCUGCGAAGCGAGUAUGACAAAGCCCGCAAGUGUCUCCACCAGGCGGCCUCGAUGAUCCACCCUAAAGAGGUGCCCCCUGAGGCCAUCUUGUUGGCAGUGUACCUUGAACUGCAGAAUGGUAAUACCCAGCUGGCCUUACAGAUCAUCAAAAGGAAUCAGCUACUCCCUGCAGUGAAAACACUCUCAGAGAUGAGAAAGAAGCCAGUGUUUCAACCUGUCCACCCGAUCCAGCCCAUCCAAAUGCCAGCUUUCACUACUGUGCAGAGAAAGUGAUAUUUUGCUCUUGGAAAACUGUUACCUGAGAUCCAGGGGAGUUUUUAUUGGCCUUUAUAGUUUCAUCACAGCAAAAUGAAUAAAAGACAGAUGGUGAAGGGUGCUAGUUCUGAAGACAUAAUUUUGUGAUAAUUCUACCCCUGAGUUUUUGCCAGAAAUUUACUAAAAAUUAAGGAUUCAUAAACUCAGUUUCACUCGUUUUUCUUUAACCCUUACCAGACUAUUAAUUUUGAGCCAUUGUGUGAUAUAUCUGUGUCACAGGCGAUUAAAACAUGAUCUUAUGAGAA